UCUCACGCGCUUUAUUCAUUCCUCUUCUCUUCCCUUCUCUCUCUGUCUGAAAAAACCAUUAAUGACAUAAAAACAAAUCUUAUCAAUUUUUUUUUCUUACUCUGACAAAGUAAUAGAGAAAAAAAAAAAAGAUUGAAUCAUCAUCACCGUCGUCAAUCUAAAAACUUGCUCGAUCUAGUGGGAAUCUAUAAUUUUCACUUUUGCAUCUUUCAUUGAUUUGGGUUUUCUCGAAAUAGGUAGCUUGAGUCUUUUUCUUUCUUUGCAACCGCGUGAACCUACUAGCGAGCGAGCGUUUCCGCAAAUGUGACAGCUCAUCACUCUCACAACUUCUAACACUAGUUAUAUUAAGUUAACGAAGCAGGUACGACCAAAUACUUUGUCUGAAAAACAAGAAAAACAAAAAAAAACGCGGAGUUAUGAGAGUUAUCGACGGUUCUUUGCUUCGGCGGCUGAUUUGUCUUCUUAGCCUCUGGUGUCUUAUCGAUGGAGGAGUCACGGUGGUUGUGGCGGAGGAUGAGAGGAAAGUGAAAGAUAGACAGCUUAACCAGACUCCUACUUGGGCUGUUGCUGCUGUUUGUACUUUCUUCAUCGUUGUUUCUGUUCUUCUUGAAAAAGUACUUCACAAAGUUGGAAAGGUUCUAUGGGAUCGGCACAAGACAGCUCUUCUCGAUGCCUUGGAGAAGAUCAAAUCAGAGUUGAUGGUACUUGGAUUUAUCUCAUUGCUUCUGACAUUUGGACAAAGCUACAUUUUGGCGAUUUGUAUCCCUUCACAUGUUGCUCAUACGAUGCUCCCGUGUCCUGGUCCUAAACACUUGAAAAAAGAGGAAGAUGACGAUAAUGGUGAAAGUCACAGGAGACUCUUGUGGUUUGCACACAGAGUCCUAUCAGGAGGUGAAGCAUCUCCCAAAAAAUGCAAGAAGGAGGGUCAUGAAGAGCUUAUCUCUGCUGAGGCACUUCAUCAAUUGCACAUCCUUAUAUUCUUCUUAGCCAUUUUCCAUGUUAUGUACAGCUUUUUAACUAUGAUGCUUGGAAGGUUGAAGAUUCGCGGAUGGAAGCAUUGGGAGAAAGAGACAUCAUCCCAUAAUUACGAGUUUUCAACAGAUACUUCCAGAUUCAGGCUAACUCAUGAAACAUCUUUUGUAAGAGCACACACAAGUUUCUGGACUCGGAUUCCAAUCUUUUUCUAUAUUGGAUGCUUUUUCAGACAGUUUUUCAGAUCCGUUGGGAAAACUGACUACUUGACAUUGAGAAAUGGAUUCAUCUCUGUUCAUCUAGCUCCGGGUAGUCAAUUCAACUUCCAAAAAUACAUUAAAAGAUCGUUGGAGGAUGAUUUCAAGGUGGUCGUUGGAGUCAGCCCUGUCUUGUGGGGAUCUUUUGUGUUAUUCCUCCUUCUAAAUAUUGAAGGCUUCAAGAUGAUGUUCAUUGGAACUGCAGUGCCGGUUAUCAUAAUUUUAGCUGUAGGGACAAAGCUUCAAGCGAUUAUGACAAGGAUGGCUCUUGGAAUCACCGAUAGACAUGCGGUAGUUCAAGGAAUGCCGCUUGUACAAGGCAACGAUGAGUAUUUCUGGUUCGGUCGUCCCCAUUUGAUUCUCCAUCUCAUACAUUUCGCCUUGUUUCAGAACGCGUUUCAGAUCACGUAUUUCUUCUGGAUAUGGUAUGAAUUUGGAGAUAAUUCAUGCUACCAUCCUAAUUUCAAGAUUGCACUUCUAAAAGUAGGGAUCGCUGUAGCAGUAUUGUGUCUUUGCAGCUACAUCACACUUCCUCUUUACGCACUCGUAACUCAGAUGGGUUCGCGGAUGAAAAAAUCAGUAUUUGAUGAACAAACAUCAAAGGCACUCAAGAAAUGGAGAAUGGCAGUGAAGAAGAAGAAAGGUGUGAAAGCCACCACUAAGAGACUUGGUGGAGAGGGAAGCACGAGCCCUACAUCAUCAACGGUUAGGUCUACUUCAUCUGUACGAUCAUUGCAACGUUUCAAGACCACACCACAUUCGAUGAGAUACGUAGGACUUGACCCUGAAACAUCAGAUCUAGACACAGACAACGAAGCUUUGACUCCUCCCAGGUCUCCUCAAAGCUUCGAGCUUGUUGUGAAGGUUGAACCAGAUUCUAAAGAGAUCAAGACUGGUGAGACUAGUCGUGACACUGAAACUGAUUCUAAAGAGUUCUCUUUUGUCAAGCCUGCACCGAGUAAAGAACUAUCGCAAGACCGGUGAGAGACUAGCCGUGAUGGUAAAUCUGAUUCUAAAAAGUUCUUUUAAAGUUAAGCCUUCCCCGAGUAAAGAACCAUCGCAGUAAAAGAAUCAGAAUCUGUCACCCCGGAGCAUUGUUUUUGGUUUAUUAAUCUAAUACCUUUGUAAAUCAAAUGCCGUGGUGAAAAAGUAAUGUAUUGAUGACAAUAGUAAUUAAAUUAGGAUUUGCCCUUCUUCCAUUGCCAAUUAUAACAGUCCAGAUUCUGCCAA